AUGGCUGUCAACAUCCCUGGAGUGGUGGCUGUGGUGUUCUUCUACGUGCUGAUUCUUGGGACAGGUAUCUGGGCUUCUUUCAAGUCUAAAAGAGAACGGAGGAAAAGAGGUGCAACCGAGAUGGAAAUGGCUCUGCUGGGAAACCGCAGCAUCGGACUGGUAGUGGGAGUUUUCACAACAACAGCUGCAUGGGUUGGAGGAGGCUUUAUUGUUGGCACAACUGAGAUGGUGUACACGCCCUCCAUGGGACUGAUCUGGACUAUCGUGAUGAGUUUUGCAACCUCUUUGGGGCUUAUAAUUGGUGGGUUGGUGUUUGCCCAGCCAAUGAGGGAAAGAAACUACGUGACAAUGCUGGACCCUUUCUUUAAGAAGUAUGGAAACGUUCUGACAGGUGUACUGUGCCUGGCUGCAAUUUGCAUUGAUUUAGUCUGGAUACCAACAACACUCAUUGGUUUAGGAGGAACCAUGAGUAUAAUCCUGGAUAUAUCCUUCACUACAGCUGUCUGGAUGUCUGCUGCUGUAGCUGUUACCUACACACUGUUGGGUGGUCUCUACUCUGUAGCUUACACAGAUAUUAUACAGCUUGUUCUUGUAUUCCUUGGCUUGUGUGCUUGUGUACCUUUUGUUCUGCUGAAUCCCUCCACCCUGGACAUCAGCCAGACUCUCAUGAACAACACCUUACAUGCUCCCUGGAUUGGCAGACCCGGGUUGGAGAAGACCUGGAUCAUGGUCGAUAAUCUAUUACUCCUGGCUCUUGGGAGUCAGGGAUAUCAGUGCUUUCACCAGAGGACCUUGUCGGCUGCUUCGCCCUCCACAGCCAAGAUCAUGUGCCUUCUUGCUGGUUUUGUCAUUUUUGUAUUUGGGAUUCCCCCUAUACUGUUUGGGGCAGCUGUUGCAUCCACAGACUGGAACCUGACCUCCUAUGGUUCUCCAUCUCCAUAUGAACGCGGGCAAGCAGCUCUGGCUUUACCCAUCGCUCUACAGCACCUCACCCCACCUUUCAUUUCCAUAAUUGGUAUUGGAUGUCUGGCUGCUGCUGUGAUGUCCUCGGCUGACUCUGUCAUGCUGUCUGGUGCCUCAAUGUUCAGCUACAAUUUAUACAAAAACAUCCUGAGGCCUAAGGCAUCAGACAGAGAGAUUCAGUGGGUGAUCCGUGCUGCUGUGGUGGUAGUGGGCGUGGUUGGCACAUCACUCACCAGCCUGAAAAACAGCGUUAUACUGUUCUGGUUCCUCGCUGCUGAAAUCGCCUAUGUCAUCAUCUUCCCUCAACUCUUCUGCGUCCUUUUCUUCAACAUCUCUAAUGGUUAUGGGGCUGUUGUGGGCUUUCUGGUGGGACUGGUGUUGAGACUACUCAGUGGGGACACGUCUCUGGGAUUAACACCAGUCAUACACUUCCCAGGAUGCACUCCAGAAGGCGGCAUUUAUGUCCAAUACGCUCCAGUUAAGACCAUCUCCAUGCUGUCUGCUUUAGCUGCCAUCUUGAUUUUCUCCUACGUGGCUUCAGUGCUCUUCAACAAAGGCCUGCUUCCUGAGAGGUGGGAUGUGUUUGAAGUGAAAGCCAAGGAGUCACCACAACCACUGGCACCAGUAGGUGGCGCUACCGAACUAAAUGAGAGUGAGAAAUUGAAGACAGAUGACUGUCAGGCAUCAUAG